AUGUCUACCAAAGAUACUUCCUGCUGCACCUUGCUUGAUGCACAGGUCAAGAGGCGUACCAAAGCACAGAAGGCUGCCAAUGACCUUGCCAUCAAGGAAGCCAAAGAAGCAGCAGUCCAAAAGAGAGUUGAGCACCUCACUGGUAUGCAGGUUGAGAUGGAGAAGGCACAGAAGGGAUUACUCACCAAAAAGCAACCCCAUGCAUUGGAUGACCUACCAGAGGCUGAUGUGACAGACAACCACCAGGAGGCUGCCUCAGGUGCAGACCAUGGAACCUCAGGAAAAGAGAAGAAGGCCACUGUGAAGAGAAGUGGAAAGAUGUUGAUUAGAGACACCAUCAGUAAUGUGCAAAAGAAGAUCACCACUUUGGCCACUCAGCCCCAGACUCCAAUUCUCCUGGUUCCAGCAAAAAUCACUGAUGACAUCCCAGAAGAUGCCCUUACUGGCAGCUUUGCUGAUGAGAUCGAUGAUUCUUUGGAGCACAAGGCUGCUUGCUUUGAGAGCAAGCAAAACAAGGGAAAAUCCAAGGUAGCCUCAAUCUUUGACAAUGACUCAGACUUUGAAGGACCUAAGGCUCCCUUCAUGCAAAUACUACCAAUAGAAUUUGACUCGGAGGAUGAGCUUGUGACUUUGUUCUCAGAUGAGGGCAAGGACUCACAGGAGCCCACUAACUUGAAGGCUCUGACCACAAGGACACUCAAGUGCAAAGCUAGUGCAGAUUCCCUCAUGGAUGACAACAAGGAGUCUGUGACAUCCAAGUGGUCCAUGGACAUUGAUCACAAUGCCAUGCUAGAACUUGCUGAGGACUUGAUUGAGGACUCUGACGGCAAAUCUCCACAGCCUGAACCUAUUGUUAUCAAGAAGGAGAAGGUUGUGUGGACAACAACUUCAACAUCCACUAUGACUUCAAUUGCUGACGGCAAGCUGGUGCCUGUUCAUAAAAAGGUCAAAGUUGAAUCUUCUGGAACUGUUGGUGCCUGUGGCACUGCAGGCAGUCAUGCUGCUAAAUUUCAGCAGAACGUAGAUACUAUACCAGAGCAAAUGAAAACAUGCAGUGCCUAUCAUACUGUCAAUUUGCCUUCAGCAAUGCAAGCCAACCAGCACUGGGUGAAGAAAUUUCUCCCAACGAUUAUGCUGUGGGCUGGAAGCUACGAAGACAUCUGGAUUAUCCCAGAUGAUGUCCUUCUCCAUCAUGCUCAACUUGUUUUUGAUGCAGUAUACAAAGAGCUUAACAUUGCUCUUGCUCAUGGUGGCAUGGUACAUUUGCUUACUGUGCAGUGCAUCUCAGAAUGGCGUACUAACUUUGGCUCAACAGCCAUUGUUAUUGUCAUGGACUUUAUGACAUGGAAUUCUGACUGUGCUCCUAGUGAACUCAUAACUUCCCUUCUCAAUGAAUGGGCCUUCUUAUUUGAGAACCCUGACAGUCCAUCUCCCCUCAUAGCAUACUGCUCUCCCUUCAUAUUGCAGCUGUUUGGCACAGCCCACCUCAACACCAUCAAAGGGUAUGUGAAUGUUCCCUCCUUUGACAUGCAUGCACUCGCAACAAGUGGGAUGUCACAGGUCCUUGCCCUCUCUGCGAUAGCGGUCGAGCAUGCACUCAAGAUGAUCAAGAAAAAAGAACUCAAGGUUCAAGAUGUUUUGUCAUUGACAUCACAAGGCAAAGCAACCAUCAAGCUACCAAAGGUUCUCAACAAGAUUAUGAGGAAGGAGUCCAGUGUUCAUGUUUUAUUUUCAGCAGCUCUGUGGUCCAAACCAACCAAGGCAUUCACCAAGUCCAUUUUGAGCAAGCCUGCUGGGUACGUGGAGGCCACAAUAGAGAUGGCACGUGCAACAGCCAGUGAUGUCACUGAAACACCAGUGGGCUCAUUUGACAAUGUCAUGAACACCAUCAAGCACACAUUAUUUUGUGACCCCCUGUUCACCAAUGAUAGAGUAUUCUGCCUCCACAUGGAGGAGUUUCUGAAUCUCACUGAUGAGCAUCUCGAGCUCUCAGGCUCUAUGGUGGAUAGUAGUACUGAAAGUGAGGAUGAACAUUCAGAUGGCUCAGAUACAGAGAGUGAGGAUGAAUUUGAAGAAACUCAUGCAAAAAUGCAGCAAUCCCUGGUGUCCACACCCAAACUGAAACUUGAUCUCCAUAUGGGUGUAGACCAUAGCAAGGGCCUGUUCAAGUUUUUCCUGAAGAUUUCAUGUGAGGAGCAUUUACAGUGUGCUUGGAUACCUUUCUCUUGGGAACUCAAGGACCAGGAGUGGGAUCAUCAUCAGCAACAAUUUGACAAGUUUGAGAAGGCUGCUCACAAGUGGGAAAGGGCAGCUGAGCAUAAGAGAAAACAGCAAGCAUGUGAGAAGGCUGCAAAGCAGAAACCUACCAUCAAUUCCACUCUUCAUGACAGCACUCCCCAAUGA